ACAUCCUUCUCUCUCUCUCUCUCUCACUCUCUCCGUCCUCGUCGAUGGUCUUCGCCGGUGCUACCUGUCGUCGUAACCUCCGUUCCGGUCGACUGUGCCGCCACAUACUACUUGCUUUGAAUCCACUUCCUCCAAGUGCUUGUGUUGCCGUCCUAUCAAAACACGAGGAGCCUUGCCCUCCUCCCGCGAUCUCGUUGCAAAUCCACGUCCUCGGCGCCGGCCACGACCUUCGUCUCCAUAAGCAGAGAUCUCUUAGUCUUCUCUGACUAUCAGGCUUCGCGUCUCUUCGCGCACCAAUGCUGUUCCGCCGCCGCCGUUCGUGCCGGCGUCGCUUUGCUCACGAGUAGCCGACAUCAAUCAUCACCGGCCGUCGCAAACAGUUUCCUUUCUGCUGCAGUUUAUCGUCCUCCUUCCCGACGCACCGCAAGUUUCACUGCCGGUGGACAAUCCUCGUUCUUUCCCAUCGCGAGCAUCCGGGGAAUAACCUCAGCCAGAAGCCUGCCGCAGGGAGCCGCCGCCGGAGAAGAGGUCGCGAGCGGCUAAGAAUCGGAUCACCCAUUUGUCUUUUACUGAGAUUACAAGAAUGGAUAGCAAUCUGACAAAAGCUAACCAAGUUGAGGAUGAAGAAGAGUAUAUUUUGCUUGACUUGGAUGAUGUGUGUGUUGAUGCAGAUAUUCCAGCCAAUACUCCCUUUGUCCUCUCUGGUUUGGACACGAUGAAUCCUGUCUUGGCCAUUGGUGAUCAUCUAAAACUAAUUGGAGAAUACCAAGAGACGAUGGGAACAUGUUAUAUCUUCACUGAAAGUGAUGAAGCACCUACUACGACUUGCCCUGACACUACAACUUCUGAAACAAACUCUUCGAAGGAUAAACAAAUCAUUGAUGCGAAACAAGCCCUGGCACAUCAGGUUAAGCCCAUAGCUAGUCUUCAAAAAAUUCUCAAAUUCAAGCUGGUGACGGAGGAUCCAAAUGGGAUGGUAGAAGGGAUGAUCACUAGCAUGGCAUGAUUCUUUUUCUUGAUUCCUAUGUUAUUUUUUAUUUUCUUUCCUGAAAAUAUAUCUCUAGGGUGCCAGUUGGUUGCACCCAGACGAUCUAGACAUGUAGUGGACUAAAUUAAAGCAAAGUGUAUCCAACAAGGAAGAGAGAGACCAUGAGUUGGAGUUUUGAUU